AUGGUUCGUGCUGCCUGUACCACAGUGAUUGCCCGACGUGGUAAAGGCGUUUGUCCCUCACGGCGAUAUGAGCUGCGCCAUCUGGCUGCGUGGGCGGAGCGCGUGGUAACACGCAAGCAAAUCAAUGUGUCUAUUGAUAGAGUUGGUGUCCAACACCCACGCCUCCAACAGUUCUCGCCCUGUCUUUUUGUUGCCGACCUGCGCCAAUAUCCGCGUGUUGGCGAAGUCGAACUCAUGGCCUUCCUCCAGCGUGUGAAUGACGACUUGAGAUAG